ACAAAAACAUAAUCAUCCAUAUUCAUAAGCCUUGCGGUAUAAGAACAUACAUAUGUAUGUCCGGUUAAGCGUUUAAAUGUGAAAUUGAAAACAAAUAACUAUUUGACAAAAUAACUAGUAAGCAAAGUGGUAACCGCCAUGUCAAAACUCCACCCUUUCGCUUUUCGCCCGAGGGCAUUUCUUGUUUUGGGUAUUUAUUUGUUAAUACGAUAUUUACGCCCCCUUAAAUGGAAAUGGGAAAAUUUCCAAUCAAAACAACAUUGCCAGUGUUAGUGGUAACCGUAUCACGUACUGUGUUAACGGAAGAAAUAAAUAUUUCAGGCACAAUUUCGGGGGCGGCAACGGCAUCCACUUAUCGUGACCCUUGUUCCUCUAUUACUUUUCGAGUGGCUCAUGUAUAUAAGUUGGAGCGGAAGCCGAACCUGGUUGAAAACACAUCAUGGACUCCAGCUACUUUGCCGUUCAGAGGAGAGCUCUGGAAAUCGUCGGAUUCGAUCCCAGUUCUCCACAACUGAGACUGAAACAUCCCAUUUGGGCGGGGAUACUCGUCCUAUCCCUGGUUUCCCACAACUGGCCCAUGGCGGUGUAUGCUCUGCAGGAUCUAUCGGACUUAACCCGUCUCACGGACAACUUUGCGGUGUUUAUGCAGGGAUCGCUGAGCACCUUCAAAUUCCUGGCCAUUGUGGCGAAACGAAGGCGUAUUGGUUCUUUGAUUCACCGAUUACAUAAGCUUAAUGAGGAGGCAGCUGCUACAACCAAUCAGCUGGAAAAACUGGAGAGGGAAAACCAACUGGACAGGUAUGUCUCCAGAUCCUUCAGAAAUGCUGCCUACGGAGUGAUAUGGGCCUCAGCCAUAGCUCCCAUGUUGAUUGGCCUGUUGGGAUAUAUAAGAACGGGAUUAUUCACACCAACCACACCCAUGGAAUUCAAUUUCUGGCUUGAUGAGCGUAACCCCAAAUUUUAUUGGCCCAUCUACGUUUGGGGCGUUUUGGGCGUGGCAGCGGCCGCCUGGUUGGCCAUUGCAACGGACACUCUAUUCUCCUGGCUGAUUCACAAUGUGGUGGUUCAGUUUCAGCUCCUAGAAUUGCAUCUCAAAAAGAAGGAUCAAACUCAAGGAGAUGUUCACCUAACCCAAAGCAUCCAUCGCCAUCGUUUGGCCCUUGAAUUAGCAAAGGAAUUAAGUUCGAUUUUUGCCGAGAUCGUUUUCGUGAAGUACAUGCUAAGUUAUCUGCAACUCUGCAUGUUGGCCUUUCGUUUUAGCCGCAGUGGCUGGAGUGCCCAAGUGCCAUUUAGAGCCACCUUUCUGGUGGCCAUCAUCAUCCAACUCAGUUCGUAUUGCUAUGGUGGAGAAUAUCUAAAGCAGCAAAGUUUGGGAAUAGCACAGGUGGUCUAUGAUAAUUGUAAUUGGCCAGAAAUGGAGCCUAAACAACGAAGACUUUGGCAAAUGAUGAUCAUGAGGGCUCAGCGACCGGCAAAGAUUUUUGGCUACAUGUUUAAUGUGGAUCUGCCACUGCUACUUUGGGUCAUCAGAACCGCAGGCUCGUUUUUGGCAAUGCUAAGGACUUUCGAGCGUUCUCCUGCUUAAUUUUAAAUAUAUAUUUUCGUUUUGCCUACAUUUUAAUAUAAAAUUCAAAAGUAGUGAGAGUAAUGGGAUGAUCGAACUUUAAGCUCUAGGUUAUAAACAAUAAUUUGGAUAGAAUUUUAAGCCACGUGUAUACUUCUUUUAAGAGAAAACGACAAAAGUUUGCACAUUUUUGGAGCUGGUAAACAUUUUGUGCCUCGAGACGAAAACCCUAAUUAGUUGGCAUUUGAUUUCUGCAGUAUCCGUGUAUAUGUUUUGGACAUGGGCUUCAGCUAAACGCCCGGGGAAUCUUUUGCCGAAUGCAGUAAGCACAUACACACUUGCCACAGGGCGAUGCCACUGCAGGCGGAGAAUAUGAAAUUCAUGAGCGAAUUCCACAAAGGCAGCCGAACAAGCUGAACACCAGAACCAUGUGUGUGUGGCAGGCGGGAGGGUAUAAAUAUAGUAGAUAUAUGUAUACACCAGGUAGCCGGAGUCGGAAUUUGUUAACUGAAAGUA